AUGGGCCUCUUCGCAAGUUUCCUCGACACGUUCUGCGAGCACUGCUCCUCCCAGUCCAUCUAUACCUUGGCUGCUGUCGGACUGCUCUCGUUCCUCACACUGUCUGUGGUGACCAAUGUCCUCUGCCAGCUGCUGCUCAAGAACCCCCACGAGCCCCCUGUGGUUUUCCAUUGGUUCCCCUUUGUCGGCAGCACUAUCAGCUAUGGCAUGGAUCCGUACAAGUUUUUCUUCGAUUGUCGCGCAAAGUAUGGCGAUAUCUUCACUUUCGUGCUUCUCGGCAAGAAAACCACUGUGUAUCUGGGCACCAAGGGCAAUGACUUUAUCCUCAAUGGCAAGCUUCGCGACGUCUGCGCUGAAGAAGUCUAUUCCCCGUUGACGACACCCGUCUUUGGUCGCAACGUUGUCUACGACUGCCCCAACUCCAAACUGAUGGAGCAGAAGAAGUUUGUCAAAUUCGGCCUGACUUCCGAAGCGCUUCGAUCUUAUGUUCGUUUGAUCACCAACGAAGUCGAUCAGUUUGUGAAGACCUCCGCCGCGUUCCAAGAGCCCAAAGGCACGUUCGACGUCUCCAAGAUCAUCGCAGAGAUUACAAUUUACACCGCCUCACGCUCGUUACAAGGAAAGGAAGUUCGCGACCGAUUUGAUUCUACCUUUGCGGAAAUGUACCAUGACCUGGAUAAGGGUUUCGCCCCGAUCAAUUUCAUGCUCCCCUGGGCACCGCUUCCUCACAACCGCAAGCGCGACGCCGCGCAACGAAAGCUGACCGAGACCUAUAUGGAUAUCAUCCAAGAACGUCGCAAGGCGAAUGACCAGAAGGAUUCGGAGGAUAUGGUGUGGAAUCUGAUGUCAUGCGUGUAUAAGAACGGCCGCUCGGUCCCUGAUGAAGAAGUCGCCCAUAUCAUGAUCGCACUUUUGAUGGCGGGCCAGCAUUCCUCGUCCUCCACCGCUGCCUGGAUCGUCCUACGCCUCGCAACCCGCCCAGAAAUCAUGGAAGAACUCUACCAAGAACAGCUUCGAGUCCUGGGUGCCGAUUUGCCUGGCCCCACUUAUGAAGAUCUCCAAAAGCUCGACCUGCAUUCUAAGGUGAUCAAGGAAACUCUUCGCAUCCACGCCCCGAUCCAUUCGAUCAUUCGCGCUGUCAAGAACCCGAUGCCCGUGGAAGGAACUUCGUAUGUCAUCCCGACCACCCACAAUGUCUUGUCCUCGCCGGGCGUCACCGCACGAUCUGAAGACUUCUUCCCUGAGCCUUUGAAGUGGGACCCUCACCGAUGGGAUGAGACUCCGGCGGCCAAGGACGAAGACGAGGAAGAGCAGAUCGACUAUGGGUAUGGGUUGGUCAGCAAGGGUACCAAUAGCCCGUAUCUCCCAUUCGGCGCUGGCCGGCAUCGGUGCAUCGGCGAACAAUUCGCCUAUGUGCAACUGGGCACAAUCCUGGCUGCACUGGUGAGGCAUUUCAAAUUUUCCAAAUCCUCCGACUUCACGGAUAUCCCCGAGACGGACUACUCGUCGUUGUUCUCCAAGCCUGCCGGGAAAUCCUUCGUGCAGUACGAGAAGCGCGGCACUAAAGCAUGA